AUGAAGAUGUUUAUUCAGAAAUCACUUCUCAACGUUUCUUCAGCUUCCCAACUACAAUUACUUGACAGCUCAUGCAAACCUAAGGAGACGAAUUUGUAUUACGUCUUCACUACUUCACUCACUGCGUGCGGUACAACUUUGUUAUCUGCACAUGACGGCAAAACAGUUUCAUUCCAUAACAAAGUUGUUGAGAGAUUGCCAGGAUUUGAUAAAUCGAUCUCAAGAUCUAAAGAAAUCCAUUUUCCGUUCAAAUGUAAUUACCCCCAAAGUUAUCUUGUCUCAUCCUCAAAAUUUGGUCUCAUUAAUCUUUCCGUCUCAGAAAACAAUGCUAGUGGAAAAGGUAACAUGUCGGUAACAAUGGGGCUUUAUAAAGACCAGUCAUUUAGUAAAUCACUUGUUGGAGAUCCAUCACUGAACGAACGCCUGUAUGUUGAAAUUGGACUGAACGCGACAAACUCGAGUUCGGAGAAGUCAUCUUUUGGAUUCAAGUUAAAUGAAUGUUACGUCACUUCAAAGAGUCCCUUGGCUGAAUAUAAAUAUAUCUUGAUUGAACGAGGGUAAGUUGAGCGAAAAGUUUGAACUAUUUGAAUGAAGAAUGUUUGCUAAUGCAUGUAAUAUGUAGCGCCGGUGUAGAUUCGUGUGGAUUCCUUCUUUUCUACAUAAUUCAUGUUGUUCCAGACCGUUCGAUAUUAAUAACCUUGAUAAUGAAUACAAAGCAAAAAAAUUAAAAUCCAUUAAUUCGAUCCUAUAUACCUGUACAUUAUGCUAGUCCAGUAAAACUUUAUUUUACGCAUUAUUCAAAUUACAUUUAUUUCAUUUCAUGGGUGUAUUCUUAUGUGUAGAUGCCAAAAGGACAAAACCGUGAAAUUUCAUCAAUCAUCAGGACACACAACAAGAUUUAGCUUCCUGGUGUUCCGUUUCCGUGGCUUAAGUCAUUACAGCACACGUGUUCACUGCAGAGUCAGUGUGUGUGAGAAAAAGAAUAAGUCGUGUCAUUUGGGAUGUCGAUCAUCAAAGAACGGGAAGCGUAUGCUAUCUCCAGCAGAUGAUCAACAGAUCAGAUAUUUCUUUUAA